GGCCACGUCAGCAGUGCCACGUCAGCAACAGUGCCACGUCAGCAGUGCCACAUCAGCAGUGCCAUGUCAGCAACAGUGCAACGUCAGCAGUGCCCCGCCACCAUGAUGGUCUCAGUUCUGGGCAUGCCAGGCCAACUCGCCAACGAGUCCAAUGCUAAGCGGCAGCCGAGACUGCCCGCCUACAAGCUGAAGCAGCGGCUUCAGGCCGAAGCGGACGCAGAUACCGAGGCACGCCGCAAGGAGGCCCAGGAUCUGCUACAGCGGCAUGAAGCCGCCAGCAUCGGAAAGCUCAAGUUCUGGCAUUUUGAACCAUCUGAGCACCACGAAGACGCGACACCGAAAGAGCAGCGCAAGGAGUUUCUUGCCAAACUCGUGACCCGGUUGGUUUACACUUGUAACCACCUGCAGUCCGAGCUGGCGAAUCUCCGACGGGCGGUGCGGAACCACAAGGAUCUGCACGAGGAUGCUACACGGGCACUUGAUUCCCAUGUAGAGGACUUGGAGCAAGUUGCACCAAGACCAGAUGAUGGCGAGUCCAGCAGCGCACCCUCUACCUGCCAAUUGGAGGAACGAGUUGACCACGUAGUCGCAAUGCUCGGCGACAUCAGCAUCUUCGCUGCACCAGCCACCAUCAGCAAGCAGCUGGACACCUUGAAGACCGAGGUUCAGCAACUGCACCAUCAAGACCCGGUCCCCUGGUGGGAGGGCUUUAUGACGCAACUUCGGAUUCUUUUCGUCCCCGAGCACUCGUACAUCGGCGCGUUGUUCCUCAACUCAAAGGUCGGAUGCCAGAUCUGGCUCAGCCACCUGGCAACCAUUCACGGCGUCCAGGUCGCCGAUCUACAUGAGAAGAUCUCUUGGGAAGAGUUGACGAGGCUAUGGAAGAAGCGAUUCAUCGUGGACGACGCCCUGACGCUUGCCAUCAACCGCCUCUUCGCCAUGACCCAAGGUAACACAUCGACACACGACUGGCUCACGGAAUGGCAAAAGAUCGCUGCAGCGCCCGAUCUCGAGUUGCCAUUUUUGCAUCUGUCCAGGGAGUUCUACAACCGGCCAUGUGCCUCCUUGAGCAUCGCACUUGGUGAUGGCGAGCAAUACUCGACCUUCGCCGAAAUCAUCGACAAGGCAAGGGAGAUCAUCAAGACCAACAGGGCGGUUGCACACGAGAAGUCAGCGUGGCAGCCAACCUAUGUGGAGAAAGGAAAAUUUGGUCCGCGUUCGCAGCAUGUCGCUGCAGUCCAACCGGACAACAUUGUGAAAGACCUGGCAGCCACCCAAGCAUCACGUGAGGGAGAUCAGGUGGCCGCUGUCCAGCCGUGAAGCAACAACAACUCUCGAGGAAAAGGGAAGGCGAAAACCGCAUCGCCGGCCGGAAGCGAACAGCCAGCACCAUGGGUCAAGUUUCACUUGACCAAGGCCGAAUACAAGUGGCGUGGUCGGUAUGGCUGCUGCUAUGGGUGCAACAGCACCAAGCACAAGACCUCCCAAAGCCUGGAUCAAGGCAAGGAGGAUGUUCGGGAAACUGAGUUGCACGGGAG